AAGGUGCCUGUUAAUCCGUGGUGCAGGUUUCUUCCAGCGCGUGUGCUGGGCUAUCUGGUCGCCAUGGAGGUAGUAUUGAUGGAAGAGCUUGAUGAAGAGGAGCAGCUGGUGAGAAGGCAUCGCAAAGAGAAGAAGGAGUUGCAAGCUAAAAUUCAGAGUAUGAAGAAUGCUGUUCCCAAGAAUGACAAAAAGAGGAGGAAGCAACUCAUAGAAGAUGUUGCUAAGUUGGAAGCAGAAAUGGAGCAGAAACAGAGAGAGGAACUGGAGCAAUUGAAGCUGACAUCUAAGGAGAAUAAGAUAGAUUCUGUUGCUGUUAACAUUUCAAACUUGGUUCUUGAGAGUCAGCAGCCUCGGAUAUCAAAAGCACAAAAGAGACGGGUGCCUGGAUAGAAGGAGCUCUCUGUGUUGUCCUUGAUCCCUGCUCUGCUUCUAACCAGCUGUAUCAACUUUGGAAAUCUUUCUGCAUGCUGUUUCCUCAGAAGAGGAAAAUGAGGGGUUUUGGAUUAGAUGAUAUCUAAGGAAAAAAAAGCUGCAUUGGAAAAGGAGCGGGAAGAAAGGAUAGCUGAAGCUGAAAUUGAGAACUUAUCUGGAGCCAGAUACAUAGAAAGUCAAAAACUUGCACAAAUAUUGGCAGCCAGGCAGUUGGAAAUUAAACAGAUUCCUUCUGAUGGCCACUGCAUGUAUAGAGCCAUUGAAGAUCAACUGAAAGAACAGGAUUGCCCUCUGACUGUGGCUGCCUUAAGAAGUCAGACUGCUGAAUAUAUGCAAAGCCAUGUGGAAGACUUUCUGCCAUUUUUAACAAACCCCAAUACAGGAGAUAUAUAUACUCUAGAAGAGUUUGGAAAGUACUGUGAUGACAUUGUAAACACAGCUGCUUGGGGAGGUCAGCUUGAGCUAAGAGCACUAUCUCACAUUUUAGCAACACCAAUAGAAGUAAUACAGGCAGAUUCUCCUCCUAUUGUAGUUGGUGAAGAAUAUUCAAAAAAACCAUUAAUACUUGUAUAUAUGAGACAUGCAUAUGGCUUAGGAGAACAUUACAAUUCCGUUACACCGCUAAUGAACACAGCUACUGAAAAUUGCAGCUAGUUUACAAAAUGUUGUGCAAUUAAAUGUUUUAGAACAGUGUGCCCAUCUGAGUAUUCAUACCAAGUGCUGGAUUGUUCUGAAUGUUACUGAGAAACACAACUACCUUAAAUGAGCUUUAUGGCGAAGCUACUAACAGGUUUUUCAGAAAUGUGUCAGACAUAAACCUAUAUCCCCUUAUUGGUAUUUUUAAAACUGUAAAAUCCAUUGUGGAGAAAUCAUUCAUAGACCAAGAUAGUACCCUACUCACUGAUAUUUUCAUUGAAAUAAGACCUUGGACAUUCUGUUCUGUGUUGGAAUAAAUUUUAAUUAUCUUUCAUGUUACUAAAAGCUUUCAGUAACUAUUUCGUGUAACUUUGCUUGAAGAAGUGAAUUGACUCAGUCUCUUUAUCAUUGCAAUAUCUGGAGGGUGGUGAUAGCAAAUAUAACUAGUGCUUAUAAAUGAACUUGAUCACUGUAACCUCGGUAUUGAUGGAACUAAUGCCUUGAAACUUUUUAUUUAACCCCAUCAAGGUGCAGUUUAAGAAGCUUGUUUUAAUAAUUAAGAAUUUUUAAAUAUUUAUUCAGAUGGGAAUCAGUUGUUGAGUUGAAAGAAAUGAGACAAAUUUGAAGGCAACUAGAUGUUCUCUAUCAGAUUAAAACCUGUAAAGAGUUAGAGAUUAGCUUUAUAUUUGUAUGUAACUUAAGAAAACAAACAAAACAAAAACCCAACAGAUUACUGUAUCUUUCUAAUUUAUUAUUUAUUCCUUGCUGUUUCUUAAACUCUGGAAUUAGUACCAUCAUCUUUUAAUCAUCUUCAUGACUACAUAUUUUUAUAUUCUCUCUGUGUUUUCCUCUCACUACCUAGCUGGUUUGCUUUCCUUGCAGUCUUUUCCACUAAGAAACAGUUUGUGGACUCUCUCAUUCUCUAGCUUGUACAAGUUGAGGGAGUAGCAGUGUUAAAGGGCCCAAGUUUAGUCACAUUUACUUAAUUUUUCUUUUCCAGUUUACCGUACAAGCUCUCAUCGUUUUUGCUUCAUUCUCUAGGAUUAGAAGAAAAUCUUUGUUACUUGUUGUUUUGUUAGGUUUAUUAAUAUCACCUUCCCUUUAACACAAAUAUUUGAGAAUGUUUAUAUAGCAUGUAUGAAUAAAGUUGAAAGCCACUGUCUGGGAGUCAAGAUUUGUAUAGUAAAAUCAGUAUGCAGUAGUUUUAGGGGUGAAUGAUUUAUCUAGCUCCAAUUUCAGGUUACUCACAACAGUAUUCUUUCUAUGGUGAUAGUACCCAUAUAUACAAAUUGAUCAUUUGUUAUGUAAGGAAGUAUUGUCUGUGAAAAUGGGCCCUUUUUGGUUUGAUCUGUUUUUCUCAAACUAGUAAGAUUUAUCAUCAAGUUUAUAAUAUUUGAUUUUUUUUCUUCCGUAAGUACUUUUUUAAGUAAACAUUGUGUUUGUAAUAUUUAAAAUGGGAUGUCAGUCUCACAUGCCCUACAGGUAACAAAUGUGUGACUCUUGCAGGGACUGUGGUAAACCAGCACAAGAAAGGCUUGCCUUAAGGCAUCCUGACUCAAAAGUUUCAAAAGCAUUCUGCCUGCCAAGUAAAAUAUAUUCUGAAGGCUGCCUGUUUUGUAAUCUUUGACUUGAAUGUUUUUGGGAUCUGAAAUUUAUAAAAGAAUGAAAAUGGGAAAAUACUAGAUGUCUUGGCUUUAUUUUGAAGUAAUGUUACUUUAAAAUUUAAGCAUCCUAAAGUAAUAUAAACAAGAUAUUAUAAAACUUAGGUACUAUAAUUUCCAUCUACAUCGAAAGUAUUCUAAAAUGACUUACUGGUAGCUUUUUUUUUUU